CUCGAAGGCAUGGGAUCCCUGUGGAGCUGGUGGGCCCUCUGGGCUGGAGCAGCCCUCCUGUGGGCCCGGCUCGCCCCAGCCCAGGCUUCCUGCCACGGCAUUCAGUGCACACCUGGCCAGCGCUGCCAGAUGGUGAGUGGGAAGGCCAGGUGUGUGGCAGAGUCCACAGCUGUCUGCCGCGCCCACGGCGAUCCCCACUACACCACCUUCGACGGCCGUCGCUACGACAUGAUGGGCACCUGCUCCUACACCAUGGCCGAGCUGUGUGGGCAGGAUGAGACCCUGCCGGCCUUCAGUGUGGAAGCCAAGAAUGAACACCGGGGCAGUCGUCAAGUCUCCUAUGUGGGCUUGGUCAUAGUCUAUGCCUACAGCCACUCUGUGUCACUGGUUCGUGGGGAAACUGGUUUCGUCCAGAUUGACUACCAGCACUCAAGCCUGCCUGCGUCCCUGAGUGAGGGCCGCCUGCGUGUGUUCCAGAGUGGGAUCCAGGGCGUGAUAGAGCUGGACUUUGGGCUGGUGGUCACCUAUGACUGGGAUCGCCAGCUGACGCUGAGCCUGCCCAAGCGCUUCCAGGACCAGGUGUGCGGGCUGUGUGGCAACUAUAACGGAGACCCUGCUGAUGACUUCCUCAUGCCUGACGGGAAACAAGCUGCCGAUGUCCUGAACUUUACCAAAAGCUGGAAGGUGGCUAAUGGGGACGUCUUGUGUGAUGACGGCUGUUCUGGCAACUGUCCCUCCUGCACCAAAAGCCAGGCUCAGCUCUUCCAGAACGACGUUUUCUGUGGCCUGCUAAUUCUUCCCACAGGCCCAUUUGCUGACUGCCAUGAAUUCCUGGACCCCAAGCCUUUUCUGGAGGAGUGUGUGUUUGACAUGUGUGUGACCGGAGGGGAGCGCCUCACGCUGUGCCAUGGCCUCAGUGCCUAUGCUCGAGCCUGUGUGGACCUGGGCAUCUCCGUCCGAGAAUGGAGGUCACGAACCAAGUGCCCCCUGUCCUGUCCAGCCAACAGCCACUACCAGCUCUGCAGCCCCGCCUGCCCAGCCUCCUGCAACUCAGAGGCCGCCCCGAGCAACUGCUCUGGGCGCCCUUGCGUGGAGGGCUGCGUGUGCCUUCCAGGCUUCCUGGCCAGUCGCGGCCUCUGCGUGCCUGUGUCAUCCUGCGGCUGCACCUUCGAGGGCCGCCUGCUGGCCCCGGAUCAGGAAGUGUUCGCCGACGACUCGUGCCGGCGCCGCUGCACGUGUGAUGGAGCCACCCAGAAGGUGAGCUGCCGGGACACAUCAGGGUGCCUGCCCGGCGAGCGCUGCGGGCCGAAGGACGGCUUCCUGGGGUGCUUCCCCCAGUACUACGGCGAGUGCCGGGCCUCCGGAGACCCGCACUACAUGUCCUUGGACUCGCGGGUCUUCAAUUUCAUGGGCACGUGCUCGUACCUGUUUACCGCCUCCUGCGGCCAGCAUCCGUCCCUCCCGGGCUUCAGAGUGAUCAUAGAGAACGAACGCCGGGGAAGCCAGACCGUGAGCUUCGCGCGGUCCGUGCUGCUGGAGGUCUACGACAUGAAGUUCGAGAUUCUCCGAGACUACCCGGGGAAAGUGCUGAUGAACGGCAUCCAGCAGUACCUGCCCUUCCAAGUGGCAGGUGGAAAGAUCGUAGCCUACCGCCGGGGCUUGUACGCCUUCGUGCGCACGGACUUUGGCCUGCUGGUCAGCUACAACUGGGACACCCACGUGACCACCAAGGUGCCCAGCAACUAUGCCAAGGCCGUGUGUGGGCUCUGUGGGAACUUUAAUGGGAAUGCCCAGGACGACCUGGGCCAGCAGAACCACAGCCUAGCCCUUGACCCCCAAGACUUCGGGAGGAAGUGGCUGGUGGCGACCAGGCCCGGCUGCAGAACGGACGAGCAACGCGUGUGCCCCAACAUGAACAGAGACAUCGUGAAGCUGAACAACGAGCAGUGCAGGGUCCUCAGCAACAGGAAGGGCCACUUCAAGCACUGCUGGAAGGAGCCCACCUUCAACAGCGCACUCAUAGAGUGCAUCUAUGACAACUGCCGAAUGCCAGGCCAGACCAAGCCCAUCUGUGACUCGCUGGCCACCUACACCGCCAUUUGCCAGGACCACAGCAUCGUGGUGUAUCCCUGGAGGACUAAGGAACUUUGCCCGAUGAACUGCCCUCCUCACAGCCACUAUGAGAUCUGUUUUCGAGGCUGUCCACUGACCUGCGGAGACAUGCCGGUGCCUGGCGGCUGCGGCACAAAAUGCUACGAGAGCUGUGUCUGUGACGAUGGCUAUGUCCUCAGUGGGGACGCCUGUGUGCCCCUGGCCUCCUGUGGCUGCGUACACCAGGGCAUUUACCACCCGGCUGGGGACGACUUCUAUCCUGGCCCCGAAUGUAACUCCCUCUGCCACUGUCACAAGGGCGGCCUGGUGACCUGCCAGCCCUCGCACUGCAGCCCGCACGAAGUGUGUAAGGUGUCUGAUGGCAUCCUCAGAUGCGUGGCUGUGGGCGAGGCCACCUGCCAGGUGUCGGGGACCUCCCAUUACACCACCUUUGACGGCCUCCGCUUCAACUUUACGGGCACCUGCGUGUACGUGCUGGCUCAGACCUGCUGGAGCCGGCCCGGUCUGCAGCCUUUCACAAUACUUCAGGAGAACGUGGUCUGGGGCAACAAGCAAGGCAGUGUGACCAAGAUGAUCACCAUCCAGGUGGCCAACUACACCCUGCAGCUGGAGCAGAGUCAGUGGAGGGUCAAGGUGCGAGCAGAAAUGGGACAGAUCUCCUGCCCUGACAACAGCCACUAUGAGCUCUGUAGCCCACCAUGCCCAGCCAUCUGCCCACCCCCAGCACGCCACACGACCCCAGCUAUAUGUAACGGGCCCUGUGUGGAGGGAUGCCAGUGUGACCAGGGCUUUGUCUUGAGUGCUGGGCGGUGUGUUCCCCUGGAUGGUGGCUGUGGCUGCUGGGUCAACGGCACAUACCAUGAAGCAGGCACCGAGUUUUGGACUGAUGCCACCUGCUCUGAGAGGUGUCACUGUGGACCUGGAGGUAACUCCUUGGUCUGCAAGCCUGCCAGCUGUGGGCUGGGUGAGGAGUGUGCCUUGCUGCCCUCUGGCCAGCUAGGCUGCCAACCUACAAGCACAGCUCAGUGCCAAGCCUGGGGUGAUCCACAUUACAUCACCCUAGAUGGGCACAAGUUUGACUUCCAAGGCACCUGUGAGUACCUGCUGAGCGCCCCCUGCCGUGCACCACCCGAGGGGACUGAAUUCUUCAAAGUCACUGUGGCUAAUGAGCACAGGGGCGGCCAGGCUGUCAGCUACACCCAAAGUGUCACUCUGCAGAUCUAUGGCCUCAACCUGACCGUCAGUGCCCACUGGCCAGGGCGGAUACAGGUGAACGGAGAGUUCGUUUCUCUGCCCUUCCGCAUGGACCAGCGGCUGAGCAUUUACCUAAGUGGAGCAGAUGUAGUGAUGAACACUGCCUCAGGCAUCUCCCUGGCUUUUGACGGACACAGUUUUGUGCGCCUGCGCGUGCCUGCUGCCUAUGCGGGCGCCCUCUGUGGCCUGUGUGGGAACUACAACAAAAAUCCCAGCGACGACCUGGCAGCAGUGGAUGGGAAACCUGAGGGCUGGAAGGUGGGCGGAACCCCAGGCUGUGACCAGUGCCAGCCAGGGCCUUGCCCGCCGCCCUGCACACCUGAGCAACAGGAGCCCUUCCGCGGCCCCGACGCCUGCGGCAUAAUCUCCGCCCCCGAAGGCCCACUAGCACCCUGCCACCACCUCGUGCCCCCCACGCAGUACCUGGAGGCCUGCUUGCUGGAUGCCUGUCAGGUUCAGGGCCACCCAGGAGGCCUCUGUCCUGCCGUGGCCACCUAUGUGGCAGCUUGUCAGGCUGCUGGGGCCCAGCUUGGAGAGUGGAGGAAGCCAGACUUCUGUCCCCUCCAGUGUCCUGCCAACAGUCACUACCAGCUCUGUGGUGACUCCUGCCCUGUGAGUUGCCCGUCCCUGUCAGCCCCCGAGGGCUGUGAAACCACCUGCCGUGAAGGCUGCGUCUGUGACUCUGGCUUCGUGCUCAGUGGAGAUGCCUGUGUGCCGGUGGGCCAGUGCGGCUGCCUUUACAGCGGCCGUUACUACCAGCUCGGCGCCACCUUCUACCCAGGCCCUGAGUGUGAGCGGCGCUGUGAGUGUGCCUCAGAUGGCCAGGUCAGCUGCAAAAUAGACACCUGUGGGAUAUAUGAGGAGUGCCGGAUGGAGGAUGGAGUCCGGGGCUGCUAUCCCCAGAGCUCUGAAUUUAUGCUGGUCCUUGAUGGAACUCAUUAUGCCACACUUGAUGGACGGGUGUAUGACCUUCAUGGCUCCUGCUCCUAUGUCUUGGCCAGAGUCUGUUACCCAAAACCUGGUGUUCAGGAGUUCUCCAUCGUGCUCGAGAAGAACUUGGCUGGUGACCUCCAGCGGAUGGUGGUUACUGUGGAAGGCCAGGUUGUCGUCCUGGCCCAAGGGCCACACGUGACUGUGGACAGUGAAGCUGUCAUGCUCCCCGUGGUUGUGGGUUCCAUAUAUAUAACUAUUGAAAGCCGGAACAUGUUUCUACAGACAAAAACAGGGCUGAAAGUUCUUUUUGAUGGCGAUGGCCAUAUCCUCAUGUCCAUCCCUAGUCCCUUCCGUGGACGUAUCUGUGGCCUCUGUGGGAACUUCAAUGGCAACUGGAGUGAUGACUUUGUGCUCCCCAGUGGGGCGGUGGCCCCCAGUGUGGAAGCCUUUGGAACUGCAUGGCGAGCUCCCGGCUCCUCCCUGGGCUGUGGUGAAGGCUGUGGGCCCCAAGGCUGCCCUGUGUGCUUGGCAGAGAACAGAGAAGCUUAUGAGAAAAAUGAAUCCUGUGGGAAGAUCCGGGACCCCCAAGGCCCCUUUGCAGCCUGCCACCAGGUUCUGAGUCCCUCGGAAUACUUCCACCAAUGUGUGUAUGACCUGUGUGCCCAUAAGGGCAAGAAAUCCUAUCUCUGCCGCAGCCUGGCAGCUUACACUGCAGCCUGUCAGGCAGCUGGCGCACCCGUGAAGCCCUGGAGGACAGACAGCUUCUGCCCUCUGCCAUGCCCUGCCCACAGCCACUACUCUGUGUGCACACGCUCCUGCCAGGGCUCCUGUGCGGCUCUUUCUGGCCUCACUGGCUGCACCACUCGCUGCUUUGAAGGCUGUGAGUGUGACGACCACUUCCUGCUCUCCCAGGGCGUGUGCAUUCCCGCCCGCGACUGCGGCUGCACCCACAAUGGCCAGUACAUGCCGGUGAACUCCUCACUGAUGAGCUCAGACUGCAGUGAGCGCUGUUACUGCUCCCCGAGUACCGGCCUGACAUGCUAUGCAGCCGGCUGCACAUCUGGCCGCGUCUGUGAGAUCCAAGCAGGAGUCCGGGAUUGUUGGCCAGCCAAAGGUCUCUGCUCCCUCUCUGUGGGCGCCAACCUCACUACCUUCGAUGGAGCUCAUAAUGCCAUCAGCUCCCCUGGGGUCUACGAGCUUUCUUCCCGCUGCCCGGGACUCCACAUGGAUGUGCCCUGGUACCGUGUGGUUGCUAAUGUCAAGCCUUGCCAUGGCAAUGACAAGGUUGUGGGCGAGGUCCACAUCUUCUUCCAGGAUGGGAUGAUAACUGUGACCUCAAGCAACAGCGUGUGGGUGAACGGUCUCCGAGUGGACCUCCCAGCUAAGGUGUUGACAUCUGUGUCUGUGAGGAGGCUGCCCGAUGGAUCCAUGCUUGUCAGACAGGAUGCCGGGGUCCAGGUGUGGCUUGGGAAAGAUGGGCACCUGGACGUGAUGGUCAGUGAAAACCAUGCAGCCAAGCUGUGCGGGGCCUGUGGAAACUUUGACGGGGAACAGAUCAAUGAUGUGCGAGACUCUCAGGGCCAGAAGAUUGCAGUGGAGAAGUGGACAGCACAGGACUUCUCCUCAUGCUCCAGCUGAUCAGUCAUGACUGGCAAUGAAGAUGCCCACACCUGCGCCCUCCCAGAAGUCACCAUGAUUGAAGGAUGCCCUGGGUGUCCCUCCCCUGUCCCUCCUCUCUGCUGAGCCACUCAGGCCAAAUCUGAGUAAAUAUGGAGACCCAAGUUGCA